GCAGUGACGCGUCCCGCCCUGCAGCCGCGGGAUUCAAACUCCCGGAAGCGGUGUCCAGGCUGGAGAGUGGUAGGGGGUCUGACGCAGCGACGCGAGCGCUGUGUUUACCUCAGAUCCUUUCAAAGAUGUCUUCCAGAAGUCCCAAAGAUUUAAUUAAAAGCAAAUGGGGAUCAAGGCCUAGCAGCUCCAAAUCAGACACUGCGCUGGAAAAAUUUAAGGGAGAAAUUGCAGCCUUUAAGACAUCCCUGGAUGAACUCACAAGUGGGAAGGGAAGAGCAACUGAUGAAGACAGACGCAGACUUUUGGAGAAAAUUCAAGUUCUUGAAGCUGAGAGAGAGAAGAAUGUUUAUCACCUCACAGAGAAGGACAAAGAAAUACAGAGACUCAGAGAGCAGCUCAAGGCGAGACAUGGCUCUUCUCUGCUGGAGCAGCUGGAGGAGAAGACGAAGGAGUGCCAGAAGAAGCAGCAGCUGUUGGAGUCCUUAUCCAAAGAGACAGAUGUUCUGAAAAAGCAGCUGUCUGCCACCACCAAAAGGCUUUCUGACCUUGAAAACAAGGCCAGUACACUCCAUCUGGCACAGGGCAUGCCUGCAAACUGCUUUAACUCAUCAAUGAAUAGUAUUCAUGAAAAGGAAAUGCAGCUGAAAGAUGCUCUGGAGAAAAACCAGCAGUGGCUCGUGUAUGACCAGCAGCGAGAGGCCUACGUUAAAGGACUUUUAGCAAAGAUCUUUGAGCUGGAGAGGAAAAUAGAAACAGCUGCUGCUACACUCCCACAGCAGAUGAAAACAACUGAAUCAGAAGGCCAUUUUCAAGAGGAGAAGCAAAAAUAUGAUCAUCUCUUGGAAAAUGCCAAAAAAGAUCUGGAAGUUGAACGACAAACCGUAACUCAGUUGCGCUUAGAACUUAAUGAAUUUCAAAGAAAAUAUGAAGAAACUCAAAAAGAAGUUGAAGAUUUAAAUCAGCUGCUGAGUUCACAGCGAAAGGCAGACAUAGAACACCUUGAGGAGGAUAAGUGUAAGGCAGAGAAAAUCCAGCAGCUCAGGGAGGAGAGCAGUGUCUUCAAGGCGAAACUGGAAGAGGAGAGGAAGCGGUCUGAAGAGCUUGUAUCUCAGGUCCGCAUUCUCUACGAGUCUCUGUUAAAGCACCAAGAGGAACAGACCAGGGUGGCUCUGCUGGAACAGCAGAUGCAGGCAUGUACUCUAGACUUUGAAAAUGAAAAACUUGACCGCCAGAACAUGCAGCAUCAACUGUAUGUGAUCCUUAAGGAGCUCCGAAAAGCAAGAAGUCAGAUAACACAGUUAGAAUCCUUGAAGCAGCUACAUGGGUUUCCUGCCUUCACAGAGCAGCCGUUCCUACUCCAGGGAGAACCCGAAAACAGAGUGAAAGGUGCUUCACCCAAAAGUCCCAGUGCUGCGCUCAACGAGAGCCUGGUGGAAUGCCCCAAGUGCAGUGUACAGUACCCAGCCACCGAGCACCGAGACCUCCUUGUCCACGUUGAGUACUGCAUGAAGUAGCAGAGCCGCUCUCACCAUCGUACUGAAAAGUCCACACUGUAUCCUGUGUUUGCUUAUGGGCACUUUGAACCACAGAUUACAUCUCUUGCACAAGAAACUCCGUCCGCCCUUGGCACUCUGGCAUACGAGGGCGUCCAUGUACUUUUCUGGCCACUUUGCAUUUUCUUUGGUCGUGAUACCUUCCUGAGCUGCCUCAUCAGGCUGUGGUGAGCAGUGGGUAUCCAGACCACUAGCACUUGACACUGUUCUGAUAACUCGCACUUGACACUGUCCAUAUACUCAUGAGCAAGAACUAUUUGGGUUAUUGGGUGUGGCUUAAAGCUACUGACCAGCAAGCAAAUAUUUUAUGCUUUGGGGUUUUUAAGAGAAUCAGAAGGUUAUCAACCAUGGAUCUUACUGUGCUGAUCUUUUUUAUGUAAGUGCUUAGUACACCGACAGUUCAAUUGAUGCCUCU